CAUAGCAACCCUGCCAUGGAGGCCACGCCGCCGCCGCCGCCGCCGCCCAGAGGCAAGGAGCCCCUCGGGAAGGAGCUCAGAGGUCCUGAAGUUUAUAAAAUAUCAAUGAUAUUUCCAAAUCAAGAUAAAUAUGAUGGUGAUUGUACAAGAACAGCUGAGGGAGCUCUUGAGAGGAACGGAUAUGGAAUUCAUACCACUCCAGAUGGAAUAAUUUACCAAGGAAGCUGGAAGAAUGAUAAGAUGAGUGGUUUAGGAAGGCUAGAACAUCCUUCUGGCGCAGUAUAUGAAGGAGAAUUUAAGAACAACAUGUUGCAUGGAGUAGGAACCUACAUAUUUCCCAAUGGAUCCAAGUACACUGGACAGUUCAAUGAAAACAAGCUGGAAGGGAAGGGAGAAUUUACAGACACACAGGGCCUGGAAUGGGAUGGCACAUUUCACUACACAGCAGCAGCAGGGCUGAAGCUAAAGCUGGAAAUGUAGGAUAUUUUAUGCUGGAAAUUAAGGCUACCAAGAUUGGUAGCUUCCAUAUUGAGGCAUUGAAAAAAGGAGAGCUUGGAAAAUAAAGUAGAAUGUAACUGAAUCGACAAAUGUGAAAUAAACUAAGUUUGUGGUGCAGA